AUGGCAAUUCCGGCACACACCUUCAAGACGUGGUUUUUGGGCCGUCAUGUUGUGGCAGAUAUCGAUGUCGACAAUUUCGAAGAGGUCAGUUCUUUUUUCUCUGUUUUUCUAUAAUUUUAGGUAAUAAAUAGUUGAAAAUGUAAAUUUUAACUGCUGUUGAAGGUUGUAGAAGAUGGAAAAGGUUGUGAACUUGUUGCAUCUUGAGUAAAAUAUUGAAGCUCGCAAAAAUUCUUGUUUUUUUUAUUUUAGACGUUAUCCAUGACGAUGAGAUAAUUUUAGAUAUAACUUUCGACAAGUUGCGAAACUUUUCUGGUUUUUUACAAAUUUUACGACCUCAUGAGCUUAUUUAUGACGCGAGCUAAAUGAUUGUUUAUUUUAAAGAUAUUUACUCAUUGUUUUAUAUUACCCAUGACAAUUUCCGACAUUAAUUUUAAUUUCUUCUGCUUUCAGGCCUGUUUUUCGCUGAUUCGCCAACAAAAGGAGAUCAUAAUGGAUGCCGAGGUCUAUUCCACACAUGUAAGUCAGUCCGACCCCGCUAUUACGCAUCCGUUUUAUGUUUUACUCGACAUCAAACGAGCCCUUCCCAUUCCCAGGUCUUUUGUUUUGAAUGUAUUGCUUUAGGUAAGGAUGAAGUCUCAGAGAAAUGCGUGUUACGAUUUCCCCGUGGUGAACUUUGUCGACGUAAUCCGAAUUGGCAAUUUGCCCACCGUGUUUGGCUUGUUGAUGAGCAGUGCGAAGAGCAGAUAUUCGGUCUAUUUCUUUUCCAUACGACCGUUUACGGAUAAGGAACAAGUGAUUUAUCAACAACUGUUUUCUUCUGGGUAAGUUUCCGUUUAUUUUAUCAUUUUUUUAAACAUUUUUAGACCGAAAGUAUCUAAUGCCCAGUAUAAUAUAAUUUUUUGCUGAUAACUAUUUUUUUCUUGCUAAUUAUUGAAGUGAAUACGUUCCUAAAAGUACUAUUAAUGUGUGAGUUGUAAUUCCCCCUAAUAUUAUCUUAUAUAUUAUGUCAUAUGGCCUUGUUUCGAGCCAGUCCCAUUAACUUUUCACCUCGAAUUGGUUAAUGUUUAAGCUCUGAAAAAUUAAAGAAGUUUUUGGCCAAAGAUUUAUGGCAGUAGAUGAGUCUAAGACCUCCAGUAAUAAAUGUCGAUUGCUUUUUUGACCCUCCCUCAAAAUUUAUGGCCUUUUUCUCGAAUUAUAUAAUCCAUCAUGUUCAAUAUGUUGGGGCUAAAAAUUUAAUCCCCGAUAUCGCAAGACCCCUUCUUCACGUGAUCGGAGAAGUUUAUUUUGGACUGAAGACUAUAUUCUUUUGCAAAUUUAGAAAGUCCAAGCCUUGGAUUUCACAAAUCCCCGAUUUUAAUCUGACGUUUUUCCCUUUGCAGACACGCCGAUCCCCAUUUCCCCGUGUUAAUGGACACCGAAAGCGCCUUGCUGAUGCUGCGAAGUGCAGUUCCUCGGAUCAUCGGCUUCUCUCGGAACGUAAGUUUACAACUCACGUGUUUUACUUAUUUUUCGAAUAUUUCCCGCUCUUUUUUUCGGUUCCCUAACCUUGAAGGACAAGGAAAAAAAGGGGGGGGAGUGGGGUUUGCCUGGGAUCGAUGCCCAUUCAUUUGAUCCGAAUGGAACGUUCCGAACCGGCUGAUUUAUUUUUGCGCCCAGUGCCGUUCUCGCGCCGGGUCGGGCGAAUCCGAGAUUCGCGCCGACUGAAUUCUAAUUUGAGCACUAAAAAUCGAAAUUCACCCUACCCUCACUAUGGUAACCCCGUGUGUUCGUCGGUAAGUGAUCAGAAAAGUUUUGAUUUGAAUUUUUUCUCUGAAAAAUUAGGUUGUUUUCUUGAAUCCGCCGGGUUUCUAAUGGAUAAUAUGGUCGUUUUAUCCGCGGUUCCGUGGCCCGCUCAGCCUCCGAACCAAUUAUAUUUGCGGUGAUCGGCGGCCGAACCCAGCCGACCUUAUCAAGAGCGGCCCGAAGUGUACGUGAAGAGCGGGGGUAUUAUUGGAAAGGCCCUAAAGGGAGAGUAAGCUUAUUUCGGUGCGGAGGCGUCGACGCCCAGGAAUGUUUUUUUCGGGCCUGCCGCACCCUUCUUCAGCGGCGGCACCGGUGCCCGUCGGUCGAGUUGGUUGGGGUGGAAAAGGGGGGCGCGCGCGGCCGUCUAAAUUCGUCCCCCGCCCCCCGCCGCCUUGUGGCUCAGUUGCCCUCAUUUUCUGGUCGGGUCGGCGGUGCUACUGCUUUCCUUAUCCGUUCUGCUUUCUCGUCGGCGUGUUUCGGCCCAAAAAGUCCGUGCGUUCCCCCCUUCCCCGGCGGCGGCGGCGGAGGGGGGCGCAGGCCUUCGGGGGGCCGAACGAGUCGACGUCGUCAACGGGGAGCUAAGUGAAGUGAGUCUUCUCGGCCGCACACACACACACACAUGUGCGACUCAUGUGCCGUUUUCGGCCACCGCCGCCCUUACUUCGGCCACCGCUUUCCUUUUUUCGACAAGGAUUUCGCCGUUUUUGACAGCAUUUCAAGUAGCGUGUCUCUAAACUUUUCCCCCGUCCGCCACCGCCGCCGCUGUCGUCGUCCCCCUUUCCCCAUUCGUUUACGUAGUGCUCGACGACCGGAGGGCUUUUAUGCGUUCUAGAGCACCUUCUCCUCCUCCUCCUUCUUCUCCCACCAACUUCUUGACCUCGGGGGGCUGCGGCCCACAACUGUCGGCGUACAAUAUUCGCACGGCGAGUAAUUCGGCCCCUCCGGCUCUCAUCCUCCCCCCUCCUGUAUAAACACUUAAUUGCCCCGCUUUUCCCGCGGCCCCCCUGACGGCUCCGGCCCCCCUGUUUGUUUUUAUCUUGUAGCGAAUUUGAUAGGCUUUGUGUGUGUGAUGUUGGGACGACUGGAAUUCGUGAUGAAAGUCCAGCUUCAUUAUGAAUUUGUUUUGUUAUUUGCCCGGCCCGCACAGGUAAUUUCACACUCCACGAGUUCACUUCAUUCGGGGUUAAUUACGUCCCCACAUUGGAGAAUAGCACGGGGAACGGAGCUAUUUUUUCUUGGAGAUUUCAUAGUGAACGGAUCACUUGGGGGCUUCCCGGAUCUCUUUUCCUUGCAAAACGAUGACGUUUCACCGGUUAUUGGUCUUGGUUCUUUCACUUCGGGUUUGGUCCGAGCGCUGUGGAAGUCGCUGUUUGCCUUUUCCAUCCAGAUUUACCUGAUAUUCUGCUUCGUGGUCCCCUAUUUCGCUCUCCCCGCCGAACAUAUCAAGUUUUUGGCCUAAAUUUACAAAUGGAAGACCUAAACCCGAGCUUGCGGGAUGCUAGCGUUGCCUCUGGGGUCCCAUUACUUACGCAACGAUGGAAAUUAACUGUUCUGGUGUGGAGAUUCGUUUUUUACAAAGGAAAUUGUUGUUGGCGAGUAAUAUUUUUGGCAAUUUAUUCUUUGGGGCUUGUUAAAUUGUCGUCUUUAUUUAGUUGUUUGACUAGUGUUAUAAUUAUUUUGAUGUGUUUAGUGCCCUGAUUUUUCUGUAGGUAUAAAUCCAUGGGUGAGCCCAAAAAAUCAGCAAGUCUGUCCCAAUUUAUUGCAAUGUCGUUUGAAAUUCCCAGAGGGGCCGCGCGCGCAGAUGAACCGCCAAAAUGAGCGAUGAAAACGUUUUUCGGGAUUUGUCGGAUUGAUGUUACAUCCCAGCUGACAGUCAGAAUAAACGUUCUCUUCUUCGGACUGACGUUUUGAUAAGCCUUUUGGGUUAACUUUCCUCUCCUUUUUGGGGCCUACAGUGUUUCUUAUGUGUUUCGCAGUUUGAUGUAAUCUUUUUUUGGCGUCUUCCUCAUGUUUUAAAGCGAGCAAAGGCUUCCUGUCGAUGUUAUUGUAGAGAAAAUCGAGUUGUUCUUGCCGUUUCGUUUGCCCAGCACCUGACCAUUCGCCUACACCUUUGGCGGGCGGCUUUUUUUGCGGUUAAUGUGCCGGGAUUUCGCGCGCCAUACAUCCCCGCUUGUAGUAGUUGGGGAAGCAGAGCGAGACAAGGACUUUAUACAUGCUCGACUGGCCUUCCUUCUCUCAAGUUCCUUCUUGGCCAUCAGCGAGCCGUCGGUCCUCCCGUCCGUCGGUCCGUCGGCUGUCUGUAUCCUCACCUCAGGAGGAGUAGUAGAAGAAGGAGGAAAGGAAGAAGAAGAAGCACGGCAAGCUGCUGCUUCUUCUUCUUCUUCUUCCUUUCAAAGAACUCGGUAGAAGUGCUGGUUUCCUGCUUCCCUCCUCUUUUCCUUCUUCAACUUUGCUUGUUGUAGCCGGCAGCCGUAGGUGGCGGUAGAAAAGUAGUAGAGUAAGGCGAAUAAAACUGGCCAGUCCGCCAUCCAUCCAUCCUUCCCCCACCACCCGCAGUCGCAGACACGAAAGGCAGCCGGAGGCAAACGGAGUGCGAAGCGAAGGCGCCCACUCGGCCCCAGUAAAGGAAUGUCUUUAACUCGGAGUAUUCCUUCUACGGAUUAUUAAGAUUGCUAGCAAAAUGGCGAAUAAAAGCACAGCGACAAGACGAACUAAGCCGGCUGUCAUUGCUGUCCGAGAACUAGGCGAAAACAUCCACAAACACCGCGAAACGCAUUUAUCAUUGAGGGUUUAGACGGCGACCAUGUCCGGAAUUAAUUUCUGCGGACUUGGAAGACUUAACCUCACUUGAAAGGUUAAGAAGAAGAAUUGAUUCUCGUCAUUCUUCGAAAACAAUGGCUGAAGUUGAAGUCGGAGCUAUUCAGAGACCUUUUCGGGCAGAUAAGAACCAAAGAAAAUGUUUGAACACUGACAUUUUUAAUUCUCAAACAAUUCAUGGUGCGCUUGAAGUACGAGUGCAGCGUUUUCGACGCUUUCGCCUUACAUUUCUGCUGUUCCCUUUGGCUUCGUGUCUAAUUUUGGGCUUGUUUUACAUAAUCGAAUCCUUUCCCAUUAAACCAUCUCGAUCGUUCGCCCAAAAACGCAUCAUUACGGUCGGGGAGCGGUCGCACGCACGGUGAUGGCAGCACGUUUUCAGUUUGGGGCUGUUAGAUUUUCCCCAGAGACCGGAAACGAUACGACCCUUGAACGAGUCGUAUUCGGUGCCGAACAGAAGUCCGGAUGAGAAGAGUUUCUUCUUCAGGGCGGCGGCAAUGGCUGGGUGGGUGGCUGGAGCCCCGCGCCGAAGCCGUGUGUUGUGCUGGAGGAGACGACGAUGAGAGUGCGCCCGGUUGAUUGGCAUGCUCUUUAUGGAAAACUUAGUUCCCACCGCGUCCCCCCAGCCCGCCUUUUUUUCCCCUCCCCUCAUUACCGCAAAUGGCCCUAAAUUGAGGUGUUUCGCCUGAUUAUUGGCCCCAUCUUUGAUUGCGGCACGAAAGGAGUUGUGAGGUCCCGGCCCUGCAAUCCCCUUUACCUUUUCCCCCGUAAUUUGUCAAAAUGUCACGCUCGGAGGUCGGGAAGGCGCUGGGAAAUUUUGUUUUAUUGCUCGAGGAUUUCGCAGCGACUUCUCGGAGACCUUAUCCAUGAUUGACCCCGAACUCACCUGUCCGCUCGAUUAUGUCACCAUUCAAAUGUGCGAAACUCGUUGCCCGGUCCCUGUCACUUUCUCCGGCGAUCAUCGGCCCUUCUUUCGGCUGGUCCUGGUCUCCGAAAGCAUUCCCGAACAGCCCCUUUUUUCCAGAGAUUUUUGUUUCAAAGCCACUCUUAUCCCAAGGCCAAUAUCUCAUUAUCUUUUCUCUCGCCGAGUUCCCAUCCAAGGCGAUCGCAACAGGGCUCCUUGCGGUCUUGUUUUGAAAAGUUUUUCGAUUUAUGGAUCUCGCCGGAUUUCUGAAGGCUGGCUCUCAAGGCGGGCGCUCUGGCUUUUCGUGAUUACCCCCGAAAUCUGGCUUUCGAUCACAUCUUUGGGGUUUGAAGAGAGUUUUUAUUAAUCCGGGAGGGUCAUUUGCUCACAUGUUGGACUUUGGAAUGUCUUCAUAUCUCGAUUUUCGUACUUUACUUUAUAAACAUUUGAGGAUUUUGGUGUUUUAAAGGUUGUCUGGGAGUUUUUUGUAUGAGAAUUUUAUAUUAUUUGGUGGUUUUGGAACGUUUCUUUUUUUUUUUGCAAAGUUUUCGAUAUAAAUUUGUAAAAAAUAAUAUGAAAGUGGUAUCAAUCUUGAUUUUUUUGCAGGAGAAACGACCAAGGCCGCAGCAAGCGCAUCCGCCUGCCGCGUUCCAGCCCCAACGCCAAGCCGAAGCCGCGCGCGUGGCCGCCGUCGAUGCCGCUUCGCCACUAGUGGGUGGGGGAGUAGAACAGCGCCGCCGCGUCGUCGCGCACGUCGCCGCAACCCGCCACGCGACCACCUCAUCGCAGAAGAAGGAGGGCCCGGAGGAGCUGUGCUCGUCAUCAACGUGGUCGUCGUUGUCGAGUGCCUCGAGCGGCGCCGUGGUCGGAGCAGCCCAUCAGCAGCAGGAGGAGCAGCAGAAGUAUCCCGCAGCGCCCGACUACUCGCCGGUCUCCUUCCAAAAGGUCCAGAAACGCAAGUCCGGCCUCCACCUCUUCCAGCGCGCCAACAGUCACUCGCUGGAGGCGAAACGUCGCCAAGCCCACCUUCUCCAUCAUCAAUCCAGCAUACAAAGCCAUCAUCAGUUCGCGCAAUCCCAACCCAAUCACUUGGAGCAGUCGCUGACGGUCUCGUCAACAACCACCUCGACGUCGACGACUAGCGGCCCCGAAACGACUGGCUCGGCCUCCAUCUUCCCGCCGCCGCCGCACCACCCCCAAACCACCACCACCCGAAGGGCAGGCGACGCCGCGAUUCCCAGCCCAGCGUCGGCCGUCUCGUCGCCACGCCGCCUGAAGCGGCUCAGCUCGUUCUUUCGCCGUGCCAACUCGGAGGCCUUUGAGUCGGCGGGCCCGUACUCGACGGAUGCUCCCGGCACUGCUGACCGGGGUCCGACCGCGAGGACAGUCGGGGCCGGGCAGCAAUCUCAUCACCAACUGACUCGACGUAAGUGAAGGUAAUAGUUGCGUGAUGUGAGUGGUUUAGAACAGAGCCUCGGCAUCCAGAACAUUACAUUGGACAAGGAGAACAUUUCACCGCAGUCCAUGCCGGAUUCGGCAACUGACGAUCAAAAGGUUGAUCUUGAGAAGCUACUCAAGUCGGAAACAGCCCGUGCUCCGUUCCAGGUGAGACAUUUGGAGACGUUUUUGGAUACUUUUUAAGAGAUUUUGAGUAAUUUUGCGCUUUUUUGGCGGUUUUUUGGAUAAAAUUUGGAUUUUUGAUGUUAUAAUUGCUUUUUUGACCUUAAUUUCGAAUGAUUUUUUUUCAGAACUUUCUUCAACAACAAUUCUGCAUCGAAAACCUCAACUUUUACCUGGCGGUUGAGGAGUAUCGGAAACUUCGCGAUGCAAAUGUAAGUCCCUCAAACUGAAUACAAGUUGGGUUUAGAAAAGGAGCGAAUUUGGUCGACAUAUUUACGAACGACACUUCACACCCAACUCAAUCGAACCGGUAAAUAUUGACAAUGCUACCAGCAAAGGAAUCAUCGAAUGUAUUCAAAACGAAAAUUACAGCGAAGAAAUGUAUGAUGUUGCACAAUAUCAGGUAAAAUUAUUCUUUUUCUUGGGUUCAAAGCAAGAACGUUAAGAUUAUGGGAGAAUAGAGGACUUGACAUAACCUAAUGUACUAUUUUCAGAUAUUCCACCUCCUAAAAUACGACGUCUGGCCGCGAUAUUUGAACUCCGGUGGAAAAGCGCCCGGAAAAGAGCCCGAACCCAAAAAAGGUACGCAAAAUUGGUUCAAAACUCUCGUCCAUGGUCGUGCCUAGAAGAUUCUUACUGUCUAGACGUACUGCUCAUAGAAAAUCUUUGUGUUCCUAAUAUAUUUUGUGUAUAAAGUGUGAACUUGUAAUGUGAUUUGUGCUAAAUGUGGAGUGAACAUUUGAUGGUGGUGGUGGAUUUUGCUAUUCGUUUUUAAUUUGGGAAUGUUUUUUGGGGAGAAUAGGGGAUAAAAUUGGAUUUUUGGGAAUUUUGACCGAUUUUUUGAGCGAAAAAUUAUUAAAAAAUAAUUUUUUGGCAAGGAGAAGAUCCGUUAAUGACAUUUUUUAUAAUUUUGGAUUAUUUUUCGAUCCGAUUGCUCUCCCCGAACACCCCAUUUACGCCUCCAGCCCAGCGGCAAGCCAAAGAAAUGGUUGUCCAUUAUUUCGCCAACUCAGAAACCCCAAAAAUUCUAUUUUCAAUUGUUUUCCCCCCUAAAACUUCCUGUUUGUUUUGUUCGAAAAAUGGCGCAGAAAACAAGACUUGUAUGUAAACAAGAAUUGAAACGUGUAGACAGCGGAAAUUGCAGGGUAUGACGUUAGAAAUAACAGGGAAAAAGGCAGAUCAGUAAUCAAAAAUUUUUAAAUUUGUAUUGUGUUAAGUGUCAUGGAUAAUAUGCGAAUUUGACGAGUAAAAUUCAAGUUUCAGAAUGCGGUGGAAGUGUCAAAAAGUCGGGUCCCAACUCCGGCUCAAUGUCAGCGCGGUCGGCCAAUUCAGCUCAACUAAAUACGGUGAGAAUUUUUGUAGUACACUUGAGAGUCAUAUAAAUUAUAAUUUUUAUCCGUAAAAAGAAAUUUUUGGUUAGAAAAAAUAUUGAAUUUGAUUGGGAAUGCUGUUAGUGCGAUUUUUCAUUAAAAUUUUGCAACAUUUUGUUUUCAGAGCGCGGAGAAACGCGAGAAACGGAAGUCUUUCUUCCGGUUCCUCCGCCGGAACAAGGAGUCCAGCCAGGACCAGAGCUCCGAUUCCUGCGGUCCCAGCACCUCAUCCCAAUGCCAAAUCCUAAGCAGCGGCGUCUACGGCGAAGGAGAGCCCUACGCCGGCUCCGUCGGCGAGCUCAACCUCUCCCUUUCGCCGGCGGCCACGAAACGUCGGAUGACUCGAGAGCGGUCGGUUCCCGCGCCGACCAGUCGAUCCGUCGGCAACGCGCCCCUCGGCGAAGGCGGCUGCAGUUCGGCCGGCGAAGAGGACACGCCGCCGCGCAAGCCGCGCGCCAACAACAGCCCGGUGAUGCCGGCCUCGCCGCUGGCCUGCUCGUCCAAGUCCAUUCCCACAACGACGCCUCCCACCGAGGCCGACCACAACUUUCACAGGUCGGCGGCGGCCGUUGCGACGACUCCGCCCGAGCCGGUCACCUCGCUGUUGCACGACGAAAAAGAAGUAAGUUUUUGAGUGGUGUGAGUGGCGUGUUUCCUGACCGGUCGCAGAGGAGAGGUGCAGGAGUUUGUUUUUCACUUUUGGAGGAGAAAACUGUGAAAUUAGAGAGAAUUGAGAAAUUUUGAUAACUUUUUGAUGUAAAUAACAUCUCCUCUUCUCUGUGACUCUUGCCAUUUCCUAACAAUCUAUCGGCAGUAAAGGGCGAAAAGUUGGAGGAAAUCAAAGAUCUUGAUCUGAAGUUUAAUAAUCGCAAUUGAAAAAUUUAAAAAAUGUUUUUUACCUAAAUUUUGCCCUAAGAAUUAAUUUUUUUCUUGAAAAAUCAUGAACAUCACAAUUUUUUCGCAAAAAAUUAAUGAAGACGAAACAUGGUUUUUUUGAAGAUUUAGUAAAAUUUGUAAAUUUCGCUAUGAUUACAAAUCAAUUUUCAAAGCCCCAAACUGACCUUACUGCCCGUAGACCUGUCCCUUUGUCGGCGUCGUGUCCCCAUUCGAUCUUGUUUAACUCUCUGUGCGCUUACCUAAAAACGUUUUCAAAGAUACGAUCAAAGGUUUCAGCCGUGCUCGAGCUGUUCAAACAAUGCGAUCAGGGCAUCGGCGGGGACUGACAACGGCGCCUGCUCGCCGCCUCCUCUGUUCACGGGUAUCCCUCCUCCUCCUCCUCACGAUAGGACCAGUAGUACGAGCAAUUUGACCCCCACCUUCCCCAGACUGCCUGCCCUCUACACGUCGGCCGUCCGCAGCGACAAGGAGACGCUGACGCCCUCCGGCGACGCGCUUCACGAACCGGGCCUCAAGUGGCAGAAGGCCGAUUACGUGUGA